AUGCAUCCUCGAAAACUCCUUAGUCUACGAGACAAGAACGGCCUCAGCUCGCGGCGGGAGAAGAACUUAGAUGCCGGGCAGCCAGGGGCCACAAAGACCCGCCCCCGUUCGGCAGAGCUCUUCUUCUCUCUGUUCAAACCCGAGGCUGCGAGGCAUGCGCCAAAGGAUGAAACCCUCAAAGGAAAAGACCAGGAAGCUGCCAAGAUUGAGAAAGUUGCCGCCAAAUUGGCCGAGCUGAAUAUCACGGGUGCAACACCAGAAUAUAUUCGUGAAACCCUUGCUAGCAAGUUCGCUGCGGGCGACGUAGAUAGGGCCGCCAAGUUUAUUGAUUUUCAACAAAAGGCCGCUGCUGGAAAGAUUGUUCGAUAUGACCCCAACGUCACAAUGCUCGGCGCCGUGAAUCGCGGCAGCGUGACCUGCUACCUUGACUCGUUGUUCUUUGCCAUGUUCGCGCGGUUUGAUGCUUUUGAGCGUAUGUUGAAAAGAAUUGAGUUUGACAAUGAGCCGCGCCAAAAGCUAGCCACACUUAUGCGCCUCUGGGUCAACCUACUCAGGUCCGGCGAGCUCAUUCAGACCGAUACGACCGAACUAAUCCAGAACACACUUGCCGAGUGCGGCUGGAUAGAUGCAAAGCUGCUCGAACAACAAGACACGUCGGAAGCCUUCAAUUUCAUCACCGAGACCCUCGAGCUGCCCCUAUUAUCUCUAAAAGUCGAUCUUUUCCAUCAAGGCAAGAGCGACGAAGAUGACCAUAAGAUCAUCUAUGAGCGGCUGCUGAAUCUGGCCGUCCCACCGGAUCCCGAUGGCAAGGGAAUCAAACUAGAGGAUUGCCUCGAAGACUAUUUCAAUGCUCAGGUCGAUGUGUUCCGAGAUAGCCUUGACGACAAAGCUGCCGCUAUAGAAACACCAACUUCGCCCAAGGCCACUAUUCGUCUUGUAUCUGAUGAAGAUCGAGACAUCCAUGCGGCGGAAAACACACCCACGCCCCUUUCUCCUAGGAGGGCGACCAUACCGCUCCCUAUUACCGAAGAAAGCCAAGCAUCUUCCUCAUCAGCACCGCCACCGUCUAGGCCACGGGCUGCAACAGUGAUUCAGCGGGUGGUUAUUGGUGAGGAUGGUCGCACCGCAACUGACCCUCACUUGUCGAGCCUACACCGGACAGCCACCAAAGGUUCCAUUAUCGUCAAGGCUGUAACGAUCCCGGCCUGGCAAUUUUUCCGCCUCAUGCCAUGGCAUACGCCGAGUUCAUCGAGCCACGUAAACCAACCCGAAAACAUCGACGACCUCGAAAGGAAUAUCCGGCAGCGACCAGUCCUCGGCAUAUGUCUGAAGCGUUAUAUGAUGACAGAAGAUGGCCUGCCGAAACGACAAAACACCUACAUCGAUAUCCCCGAUGUCCUCCGACUACCUAACUUCAUGCUUGACGACGACGAGCGAGUCGAGGAAGACCCGCACGGAUUUAGCACCGGAUACAAGCUUGUGCUGCAGUCGGUCGUCUGCCAUCGCGGAGAUUCCUUGCAGAGCGGACACUAUAUUGCGCUUGCUAGAGUCAACCCGAAGCUAUUAACUGAAAACCGCAGAUGUGAUCCUGAUCCGCCUCCGGACUACGAAGAAGAUCAAUGGGUCAAGUUUGACGAUCUCUGCGUAGAGAGCCGAGUAAGCUACGUGGAUGACAUCAGACAGGCCCUCAAGGACGAGAUGCCAUACCUCCUAUUCUACCAGAUUGUCCCCACCGUCGAAGUAUCAGCAUCCACCUAUAGCGGCGACGCCGAACCACCGUCCUACAAAGACCUAGGCACGAAAGCCGACGGGUCUAGCAGCCAAGGAGGCUCGCCCAGUAACUCGGUCAGCGCAACACCAGCCUCGUACUCCACAAACCAGCCCAGCAUUCGUCUCUCGACAGAGCUGGACUUGACCCGAUCCAUAGGCGACGAAGGCUUCUACACCACCAGUUCCCACGACAACAGCCGCCGCCAGAGCGCCGUCUUCCUCGACCCGUUUUCCAACGACUCGCUACUAGCCGUGGGCACCACAGGCAGCCAUUCUCCACCUCCUGGGCCCAGCGAGGAGUCGACAGCCACGAGACUCUCCAGAGCCGCCGCCCGCUUCUCGCGUAGCGCAUCCAAAUCGAGAACGCCCAGCCAGCAAGGCGACGGACGCAUCAGCUCUACUAUCCGCCAACUCGGCCUCCUGCGCUCGAGUAAAGAGCCGCUCCGAGACGGUAGCGCGAGCGGUGCGCAGUCAACAAGCGGACUCUCUCUCCCGGAAACGGGCGGUGCAGAAAGCACGGCGGUCGCCGGAGGUUCUGCGGUGUCCGUCUCUAACAGCAAUCCCCCCAAGCAGAAGAAGAGUAAGACGAAGACGGCGGAGAAGAAGGCGAAGGGAGAGGAAUCCGAGCGGGAAUGCACCGUCAUGUAG